AUGCUUCCCCUGCGCGCGUCUCUCCGCGCCGUUCGGGCCCUGCCGUCGCCCGCCGCCGCCGUCGUGCGCCGCAGCGCAGCCGUCACGUCCCGAGUACCGGCCGCCACCCGCUCCUACCACGACAAAGAUAUCCGGCCGCGGAAUCCCGGGUCCAUGGACAAGAAGGACCCGUCCGUCGGGACGGGCCUCGUCGGCGCGCCCGCCUGCGGCGACGUCAUGAAGCUCCAGAUCAAGGUCGACGAGAAGACGGGCACCAUCACCGACGCCAAGUUCAAGACGUUCGGCUGCGGCUCUGCCAUCGCCAGCUCCAGCUACCUGACGACGCUCGUCAAGGGCAUGCGAUUGGAUGAUGCCGCCAAGAUCCGCAACGUCGACAUUUCCAAGGAGCUCUGCCUCCCUCCCGUCAAGCUUCACUGCUCCAUGCUCGCCGAGGACGCCAUCAAGGCCGCCAUCGCCGACUACCACGGCAAGAACCCCAAGGCCUCCAUCUCCGACCUCGCCGGCACGGCGCGGACAUUAGAGAAGGAGACGGCCGCGGCUUAG